CUUUAGCACGUGUCUGUUGGGGGUCUCUCUUUAGCACAUGUGUGUUGGGGGUCUGUGUCAUUGCUGCUGUUUCUUCCCUAAUGCUGCAAUGGACAGUAAACUACACCUGCCCACUGCCCCCCCCCCACUAAAUGAGGGGGAGAGUUUGGUGAGCCGCAUCCUUCAGCUGGGGCCACCAGGGACUCGAUUCCUGGGGCCCGUGGUGGUGGAGAUCCCGCACUUUGCGGCGCUGCGGGGAGAGGAGCGGGAGCUGGUGAUUCUGCGCAGCGAGGCGGGCGAGAGCUGGAGACAGCACGUCUGUGAACACACCGAGGAGGACCUCAACCAGAUCCUCAACGGCAUGGACGAGGAGCUGGACACCCCAGAGGAGCUGGAGAAGAAGCGGAUAUGCCGCAUCAUCACACGGGAUUUCCCACAGUACUUUGCGGUGGUGUCACGUGUGCGGCAGGACAGCCGGCUGAUUGGUCCGGAGGGUGGGGAUCUGAGCAGCAGCGUGGUGCCCCAGGUCCGGGCGCAAUUCCCUGAGGGAGCACUGACCAAACGCAUCCGCGUGGGUCUACAGGCUCAGCCCAUUGAAGUGGAGCUGGUGAAGAGGAUUCUGGGUAACAAGGCCACAUUCGGUCCCAUCAUCACCCUGGAGCCCAGGAGGAGGAAGUUCCACAAGCCUAUCACCAUGACGCUGCCAGUUCCCAAGACCUCAGCUACUGAAGCCAUGCCCAGAGGGUAUGGGGGCGACAUGCCCACCCUGCGUCUGCUGUGCAGUAUCACCGGUGGCACUACUCCUGCCCAAUGGGAGGACAUAACAGGCACUACACCUCUCACCUUCACCGAUGACUGUGUGUCCUUCACCACAAAUGUAUCUGCAAGGUUUUGGCUGGUGGACUGCUUGCAGGUGCAGGAGUCGGUGGCAAUCUCCUCUCAGGUGUACCGGGAGGUUAUCUGUGUCCCAUACAUGGCCAAAUUUGUCAUAUUUGCAAAAACCCUGGACUCCAUUGAAGCCCGGCUCCGGUGUUUCUGCAUGACCGACGACAAGAUGGACAAAACCCUGGAACAGCAGGAGAACUUCACUGAAGUGGCUCGCAGUCGUGAUGUGGAGGUACUGGAGGGGAAGCCCAUAUAUGCAGACUGCUUUGGGAACCUGGUCCCUCUGACCAAGAGUGGUCAGCAGCACCUCUUCAGCUUCUUCGCCUUUAAGGAGAACCGGCUGGCCCUGUUCGUUAAAGUUCGAGACACUGCACAGGAGUCCUGUGGCCGUUUGUCCUUCACAAAGGAGCCCAGAGCUUACAGAAGCGCCACCCACAAGGCGAUCUGCAACCUGAACAUCACACUGCCUACAUACUCUAAGGAUUGUGAUUCAGAUCAGGAAGCAGAUCAACAGAUUGACAGGAUACAUGAAAAAUAUGAGAGUAUGCAGCCCCUUCCCCAGCUAACUGCCCUAGCUGGACCGGACCUGCUGUCUGACGUGUCAGAGCUGAAACAGGACCUGAUCAAAAUGACAGUCAUCCUGGCCUCAGAGCCCAGUGAGGUGCCAUGUUGCACUGUUGGAGAGGCCAGGCACCAGAGCCAGGCCCUGGAUGAGCCAGGGGAACCUCUGCAGAUCAUGGGAAAAGUCAAAGAAGAUCUGGAAAAAGUUGAUGAGAUCCUGAGGGGAGGUUCAUGUAUGAGCGUGGGGUCAGGCGAUGUGUCAGGGCAUGAGGAGGAAGGAUGGGUCUUCCUCAGUGAUGCAGAAAUUGGAGAAGCCAAAAGAACAGCACUGUUUGAGGUCCAGGAACCUCUACUGCAAGAAGUGACAAUAAACAGGGGGACCCCCAAACCAAAAAUGAACAAGGACAUGACAGGUAUGGCCACGCACCUUAGCGAAGACCUCCAUCAGUACCUCAGACAGCUUCCUGAGGCACACAGCCAGAUCCCAGAGGAUGUGGUUCAGGAGAGGUUUGAAGAGGUCAUUCUCAGCAGGGGGAAACAAGAAAGCAAGGACAGCAGUGGUGGAAUCAAAAAGCCAGCCCGGAGGAAGCUGAAAGAGAGGAGAGGCAUAGAUGAGUCUCACACACCUGGCUCUGAUCCAGAUUUCCACAGGUUCAGCUCAGAGGAGUCUCUUCAGGGAGAAACCAAUCAAAGUUCACCUGCAGUAAAGAGCCCUUUUACCCCCUCUCCAGGGGUGGAAGAGACCCCCAUUGGUUCCAUAAAGGACAAAGUGAAAGCACUUCAACAGAAAGUUGAGGAGGAGGAGGAGAAAGGAUGGAAGCAGAAGCCUGCCCAGGUGAGUGUGAAAAGCUGCUCCUCUUACAUCACAGAGCAGAAAGUUGUUCCUAAAUCCCCCAGAUCCCCCAAAUCUCAGACUGAGAGGCUGGAAGAGACUAUGUCUGUGCGAGAGCUAAUGACAGCUUUCCAAACUGGACAGGACCCUUCAAAAUGCAAGUCUGGGCUUUUUGAACACAAAGCCAUUACCACCACCACAGAAACAGAGCUUUUGAGCAAGGCACAUACGACUGAGCCAAUUGAUACCAUUCAAUGCAUGACUGCCCUUAAUUCGCAGACUGAGGAUUCUUUGCUGGAUGCUGGACAUUUAGAGGAUUCACAGAUCAGUCCAGAUCGGAGGUGCUCAGAGGACUUCAGUGCCCUCAUCAGAGCUGAACUGGAGGUCAACACUGAGUACCAGCUAUUCAGAAAAGAGGGAGAUGGUGAGGGUGAAAACUCUGUCGCAACAACUGUUAAUGAAGCUCCUGACACUCAGGGUGACAUUUCCUCAGCUAGAGCAGCCAGACACGAGGUCACCUCAGACCCACUGAGCUUUGGCUUGGGUCCCCAAACCCCUCAGACCACCUUUUUGAAAAAUUCAGAAGCUACUCACAAUGGCAGCAAGCUUUUGGUACCAGAUGUAGCAGAUUCCACUGCUACAUUGUCAGAACAAGGCACCUGUCAUGAUCCCACAACCUUAGAUCUGCCUUUAGGACAGCCGGACACACAGACCCUAAGCCCUUCUGCUGAAAUCCCUAUGCUAAUUAGUCACAGGGACUCUCUGGAGGGCAGUCCCAUAGUAGAAGACUCCUCUCACAGAUCCCCAGACUCUAUUGAGCCAAGCCCAAUUAAGGAAUCCCCAUGCCGUGACUCAUUGGAGAACAGCCCUGUUGACCAGAAAACAAAACCAAACUUUCCAGCAAUGGCUGAAAAUACCAUGCCUGCUGGUCGGUUAUUACCUACAAAAACAGACAGUACUAUGGACCCUGUGGGCACUAGACUGCUGAGAGACCCUGAAGGCAGCGCUCUUGAUGACGAUAGUUAUGAACAGACCUCCCAAAUUGAGAGUUCAGGCAAGACUCCUCUUUCACCUGAUACCCCAAGUUCUGAGGAAGUGAGUUAUGAAGUCACUCCAAAAACACCAGACCUACAAGCCCAGCCAGGGUUCAGGAAAUCGGCUGUAAUUCCUGAGGAUGCUGAGGAGGAAGAAGAUGAUGUAGAAAGCAAUGACCCUCAAAGGCAAUUUACACCAGAGGAGGAGAUGUUCAAAAUGGCUGCAAAAAUUAAAACCUUUGAUGAAAUGGAACAAGAUGCCAAAAGCAAAUGGGAAAACAGAAAUGAUGUAAAAACAUCCGAAACUGAUUCUUUUGUUGCUCUUGAGGCUGGAGAGGAUACAAGCGCAAAAAGCAGGAGCUCCUCAGAAAAUGACACAGAGCUUAAAGAAGAGGCUAACAUUACUGAAAACAGGGGAGAGCAAGAAGAGUCCCUAAAGGAGAUCAGAAAAAGUGAAUUAGCUAAUAAGGAAGAAAAGGACUGGGAUUCAUGUACUGCCACAGAUAGCCAAGCAGAGAGUGUGGUGCAUAAAGUCACUGAAAAUCACAGAAUACAUUCUAAGACAAUGGGCCAGGAUAAAGAUUCCUUUGAAGACCCAAGUGUUUCUUUCACUGCUUUGGAACAAACACAGCACAGAUCAGACAUGCCCCUUUCUGUCAGUCUGGAAGACCACAAAGAUGAUGAGAGACCUUUUAAAAUACCAUCUAUAACAAAUGCUGCAAAUUCAGAUUCAUUGCCAUGUCUGGUUCCCUGGAGCAAUGUGCAGGAUGAUGAUGAUGCCUUUGAAGUUGAUAGACAGUCUCAGGGAAUGAGUCCUAAUAGAACCCUGAUGGAAGAAGCAACAACAGGAGAUCAAAACCCCUUCUUAUUCCAGGAGGGGAAACUUUUUGAGAUGACCAGAAGUGGCGCGAUAGACAUGACGAAGAGAAGCUUUGAAGAUGAUGGUCAAGGCAUUGCCUUUUUUCAGAUUGCCAAAUGCCACACAGAGGGAGAGGAUCCGGUGGGCUGUGAGGCUCCUGAAGCAGAUGCCGUUAUAUCCCCUCAACAGACAUGGAUCACAUCAGAUCUGCUGAUGAGUGCAGCAAAUUCAGAAAUUUUGAUUACAACAGAGCAUGUUGGUGCUUCUGACUGCAGCUCCACAGAGACAAAUGUGGGUUCUCCAGAUUCCACUGUAACAGUUGUGAACACAGCUUUUUCAGUGGUCACUAGAUCCAUUUAUCCAGAACAGUCCUCAGACUCCUCACCAGAGGAUCAAAUCUCUGUUCUUGAACUACCAUCACCUUUUGGGAAAUCUCCACUCACACCUGCUGAGAAAUCUGCCUCUAUACUUGAAGAAGAAUUGACUCUCACACAUGCAAGGGAAUCUGCCCCUAUAUGUGCUGAAGUGUUACCUCCUAUAGCUGCUCGGGAAUCAGCUCCAAUACCUGAGGAAGACUUGCCUCCCACACCUUCUGAAUCUGCCGCAGACUUUUGUGGUGGGGAAUCAAAAAUCCCAUCAGAGUUGGCUUCCUCAAUUGUGUCUCAAGCUGACAUGAUUUCAUCACCUGCAUCUGUCACCCCCCAAACUGGAAAGGAUAUCAAAACCACCUCUAAAAUACCUUCCAGAACUUCAGUCAAAUCCCAGGCUGGUCACGGCUCAGUGAGGCGUGUAACAUCUCUCAAGGUCCAGACUGGCUCAUUAUCUGCUAAACCGGGAAAGAGGAGCAAAUCUGAGGCUGACACUUCUUCGCUCAAACCUGAUGCAUCUUCAGUUAAACACCAAACAAUUACUGGCUCACCAGUGAAAUAUGGAGAAUUCCCAAAGGCCCAAAAGGGAAAGUUACCCACAAAGCAAGAAAAGAGGACUAAAUCUGAGACUGAUACUGCCUUGCUGAAAUCCCAGCCUGGUUCUGAUCAAGGGGUUAAGCGGGCAGAAUCUCUCAAAGUCCAAAAAGGAAAGUUACCCAAUAAACAGGAAAAGAGAAGCAAAUCAGAGACUGAUUCAUCUGUGUUAAGGUUCCAGCCUGGUUCUGAUACAAAGGUUAAACAAAUAGAUUCUAUUAAAGUCCAAAGAGGAAAGUUACCUAUAAAGCAAGAAAAGUGGACCAAGUCCGAUUCUGACCCAAUAAUAAAACGGGCAGAGUCACCCAAGGUCCAAGGAAGCCAGUCACCUACCAAACAAGGAAAGAGGAGUAAAUCUGAGGCAGACACAUGUUCCAAAGGAACUGCUAUAUCCAAAAGGCCACUUAAAACCAGAAGUUUCUGUGAGGGAGAUGGUCGAAAUCACUUGAAGAAAGAAGAGUCAUCUACAAAGGCAACAGUCCACUCCAAGUUGUCCAUUAAGGACCAGUCUGGACAGACCAUUCCCUGUUCUGGCACAAUAAAAGAAAACAAAGAAGAACAGGUCUUUGAAACAUAUGUUGUGAAGACUGUUGAAGGAGCGAUGUCAGUGGACAGUGUGCAGGUCACUCCAGUUGUUGAUAGCAACAGCAGCACCUUGAAUGUUUUUGAUGGUGCAAAGAGUGGAACUCUUGGCAAGGAGCCGCAGUCCUGUGUUCCUGAAGCCAUCUUUGGAACAAGCUCCGAGUGGGAUGACCACUCUAUGGAGACUCCAAUGCAGCAGAUCCCAGAUGAAGCCACCAAAACCCAACGUGAAGUAGACCCAGAGGAGAUAAUUGAAAGGAAGGAGCAAAGGCUGUCCAUUGUCGGUGAUCACCUUGGCUUCAGUUGGACAGAAUUGGCCCUGGAGCUUGAGUUCAGCAGCGACUGCAUCCAACAGAUUCGCGCUGAGAAUCCCACCUCCCUGCAGGACCAGAGCCAUGCCCUACUAAAACUGUGGGUGGAGAAAGAGAAGGAAAACUCCACAGAAAAAAGUCUGGUUAAGGCACUCACAGCAAUAAAUCGUGUGGACAUUGUGCAUCUGAUGGAAAUGAAAAUGGUGGAGCCAUGGGCCUGUGGAGCCAUGGAAAAGAUCACAUCACCAGACCAGAGUGAAGGUUUCUCAGUGCUUCAGGAUGAUAUAGGCAGCAGUCCCAGACGUGUGACCUCACACAGACCACCCCCAGCGGCCUCAGAGGAGGACCUGUCUAUGGCCUCGCUUCCUGAAACCACAGAACUCACAGGACAACAAGGCCCCAUGGAGCUGCAGAGAGGGAUGGAAAUGCAGGAUAGAUUGGGUGUGGCUCAAGUCUUGAAUGAUGAACUCAGCAUGGAGCCUAGAGAAAGGAGCACCUGCCAACAGUUAGUAACAGAGGAGCAAUACAUGGACAAGGAUGGAAACAUGGUGGUGACAGAGGUCUCCAGGAAGGUCACCCAGACGCUGGUGUCAGUGGAAGCAGUGAGACUGGAGGAGGAGUCGGAGGAAGGGGCGGGGCUUGGGGCGGAGUCUGUGGAAGCAGUGAUACUGGAGCCGGAGUUCGGCCAGAAAAGGACAGUGCUAAAGAGCGAGGGAGACCAUGCUAAGGACAAAGAUGUGUAAGCCGUGCAGUCGGAGGAGGGCUGUGGUGAGGGGCUCUCAGGAGCAGCAGGUUCACCUGCACACCAGACAGCCCAGGGACCUGCCCCCGCUGCCCCCUACUGCAGCAGGCAGGAAGUGACCUCACAUAUGCAAUCCCACAAUGCACUUGACCCCCUGUCACUGUCUUCCCUUCCAAACACAUUGGGUUUGUUCCUUUGUUCCAUGGCAGCUUUGGAGCCAGUUGUUCUUGUUUUCUUUAUUGGAUAAUCCAGUUUAAUUUCUGUUCUUAUUUUACUCCUUUUGUGACCAAAGAUAGUUCUUUGAUUUGGUGGGCAAGUUACUUUUAGGGAGGUUUUUUCUUUUUUUUUUGAUUUAUUGCUGUAGAAAACAAACUAAACCAGAAAGUAAACUCUUCAGCCCCAGCAUCCCCACCCAUGGAUCUACCACUGCCUGUAUAACCACACACAGCACACCCCUUAAAGGUCAGUGUUCACUUCAGUAAUCUGCAUGCCAAAUGACUAUAUCCCUACUGGCGUGUUUAGCAGGUUGUGAGAUUAUAUUUGGGCAUGUAUUUAAAGAGCCAAGAAAGCCCUGGUGUACAACAGUGACUACUGCCCAACAGUGUUCAGUAAUGCCAUAAGAAGUCUGCUUAAAACCUGUCAUUCAUUAAUUUGUGCAACAUGUAUUUAACGUAUUAAAACAUGCAUUAAACACAUAUUAUAUGGUCAAGAAUCUGAUGAGUCUCACAAAAACUAAUCUGUGCUUUUCCCACAUAAAGACCCAGCAGAUGUUUGAUAUCCUUUGCCCUAUGUAUCACUUCACUGGAGUGCUUUGCUGGCCCAUUUGGUAGUGGAACAUAAAAGGGGUUUUCUUGAGAUUCUAAGACUUAUAACCACAAACCACCUAUAGCUAUUUUACUGUUCCCAACGAACAGUGUUUAUGGCUCAAAAAGUAGCUCAGAAAGUGCUGGCACUCAGAAAGUGUCAGAGCUAAUGGUCCAGAGUAUCAGAACUAAUGGUCAGAGUGUCAGAACUAAUGGUUAGAGUGUCAGAGCUAAUGGUCAGAGUGUCAGAACUAAUGGCUGCUGCAAGGUUGCUGGACAGCUCCAAGCCCACAGGCUGCUGAGUUCAUAAGGAAUGCAACAUUCCUGAGCCUACCUGACAACAUAUACUGUAUGAACAUAUAAACAUAUAUGAACACUGUAUGUAACAAUUUAACAUUAUAAAAUAUUUUUUUUUAAAAGGUUUCAGUCUGGAGAUCAUGUGGUCAGUUUCAGUAGAAUACAUCAGGCGAGAGUAAAGUCAUGGCUAACAGCCAUAGUGAGUGCUGGGUAAUGCUCAUAAGGCAUGUUGGGUAACAGCCAUAGUGAGUGCUGGGUAAUGCUCAUAAGGCAUGUUGGGUAACAGCCAUAGUGAGUGCUGGGUAAUGCUCAUAAGGCACGUUGGGUAACAGCCAUAGCUGCGUAAUGCCUGUAAUAAGUGUUGGUAUGAGAUGGGAAUGUUUUACAGAAAUUCAGAAACAUUAUGCAUAUUUUACUGGUGAGUCAUAAGGGGGUUGUGGCCCAUGAAUGUGAUUGGUUGUGAUGGGACCGUGUGAUGCUGUAGCCAUAAUUCAGCCUGCUUUGCCACAUAGGGAGGCAAAUGAUGGAGGUUCUGAUGGAGGUUCUGUUGGAGGUUCUGAUGGAUGGUCUGAUGGAGGUUCUGAUGGAUGUUCUGAUGGAUGUACUAUGGAGCUUCAGAUGGAGGUUCUGUUCGAGGUUCUGAUGGAUGUUCUGAGGAGGUUAUGAUAGAGGUCCUAAUGGUUGUUCUGAUGGAGGUUCUUUUGGAGGUUCUUUUGGAGGGUCUGGUUGAUGUUCUGAUGGAGGUUCUGAUUGAUGUUCUGAUGGAUGUUCUGAUGGAGGUUCUGUUGGAGGUUGUGAUUGAUGUUCUGAUGGUUCUGAUGGAUGUUCUGAUGGAUGUUCUGAUGGGGGCUGUAAACAUUAUCCAGCACUGAGGAGCUCUGGCACACACACUCCCUGAAGCCUUGCAUUGCUUUGUAUUAAUUUCUAUGAGUGCUAUUAUUUUUAAAUUGUGAAAUAAAGUGUGUGCUUUUUCAGGUAUGUGUGUUCAUAUGUGUGUGUGCAUGUCUGUUUCACUAUGUGUGUGUGCGUAUGUUUGCACGCGCACAUUUGUGUGUGUGUGGGUGUGUUUUGUGAUUUUGGAGGCAGGGAAUUGUAGCAAUGAAAUACACACAAGUACCACAGCCAUCUCUAAAUGGGCAAAGUUGCUGUAGCAACAGAACAAAUUCACCCUGCCGGGGUAAAGUCACCUGGGUCAAAGUGUAUGUGGUGUGAUUUGCAAUGCGGACAAUAUUUACUAUGUGUUAGAAUUUUCUGUUUUUUGACGUAAACUUUAAGUGUGACCAUUAACAGCUACUAUGAGCAGGAGUCUCAAUGAUAAAUUAAGUUGUUUCCAUGGUGAUUACAAUUAUAUGCAUUAUAUACAAAUAUCUAUGAGGGCAUGUAUUAGUAAAAUGAUGUGAAAACACACUAACACUGAAGACUAUAAAGACUGUAUAUGACUGACUCAUAAUAAAAUGAUUAAGUGUU